UUUAAUCAGUCUUCAAACGCGCCACCAUGUUGGAGGUUCUAUUCUUUGUUUUUACGUGCCUGGUGAAAGUAAUCAUAAGCGUUUCAUUAUUUGUAAUCGUUUUUACCAUCGCUUGGAGGAUAUUCAUCGAGCCGAAGAAAGGUACAUGCAAAUGUACAACGAGAUUAGAUAAUAAAGUGGCACUUAUUACUGGAGGAAACUCGGGAAUAGGAUUAGAAACAGCUAGAGAUCUAGCCAGCAGAGGAGCAAGAGUAAUAAUUGCUAGCAGUAAUGAGCAGAAGUCUAAAAUCGCUGUCGAAGAUAUCAAAUCUACAACUGGGAAUCCUAAUGUGGAAUAUAAACAUUUAGAUUUGUCAAAGUUUAAGAGUAUCAGAGAUUUCACUGAAGAUUUCAACAAAACUGUUGAUCGUCUGGAUAUUUUAGUGAAUAACGCUGGCUUUGUUGGUGCUGAUAAAAUCACUGAAGAUGGAAUGAACAAUGUAAUGCAAAUCAACCAUUUGGGACCUUUCUUACUCACAAGUUUAUUAUUAGAGAAGCUGAUAAAAUGUAAGCCAAGCAGAAUAGUCAUAGUUUCUUCUUGCAUUCAUUUAGCCUCUUAUUUUGACGACAACGAUCUUGCUGGAUUGAAUAAUUUAUAUCUCAACAUCUUAUUUAAAUAUGCUAAUAGUAAAUUGUGCAAUGUACUUUGGACUAAAGCCUUGUCCAAAAGACUGCCUAGAGGUGUAACAGUUAAUUGCUUACACCCUGGCCCAGUUAAAACUAAUCUUUUUAAUCAUUUUUAUCCAAUUUUUGAGAAUAUUAUCCUAGCAAUCAUGAACAUCCUAUUUAAGAACCCAAAAGAAGGUGCCCAAACUACAAUACAUCUUUGCGUUAGUCCAGAUUUAGAUAAUAUUUCUGGUGAAUAUUUCGUUGAUUGUAAAAUUACUUCGCCGUCAAAAAAAGCGAAAAACAAUGAUCUUGUAGAAAAGGUGUGGAAUAAUAGUGUUGAAUUAACGAAAUACGAAUAAAAGUUUUGAUAUUAAAAAUUA